AUGUCCACCUCUGAUGAUCUUCCCGACUACCCGCUGAACUCAGAUUUGGUGAAGAGAUUAAAGGCUGCCCUGGACGCCAAGGAUGAGGAGGGCGUGAGGAGUGUGAUCUGUGCUGAAGUCCGGCCCGUGGACGCCGUGAUAGAGCUGGCCAAUGACGACUGGAUGAAAGACCCCGCGGCUCAGCUGCCCCCCGGCAUGCUGCUAGGAGACCUGGACCAUCUUAAGCCCCUCAUGGACCAGUUCUUCCAGGAUGCCAACGUGGUGUUUGAGAUCAACAGGGGUGAGAUGGAAUGGCAGGUGAAAUCCCCGGCCACGUUUGGACUGUCAGGGUCUAGGUGCGCGCAGGCGCUGCUGGAGCACGGCGCCUCGGUGCAGCUCGCGGGCGGCGCGGGCCGGGACACGCCGCUGCACGUGGCGGCGCAGCGUGGCCUGGACGAGCACGCGCGCCUCUACCUGGGCCACGGAGCGCGCGUGGACGCGAGGAACGGCCGCGGCGAGACGGCCCUGAGCGCGGCGUGCGGCGCGGCCCUGCGGCCCGACGAGCACGCGCGCUGCCUGCGCCUGUGCGCGCUGCUGCUGCGGCGGGGCGCGGCGGCGGACGCGCGCGACGAGGACGAGCGCAGCCCGCUGCACAAGGCCUGCGGCCACGCGCGGCACGGCCUGGCGCGCCUCCUGCUGCGGCACGGCGCCGACGCGAGCGCGCUCGACUACGGGGGCGCCUCGCCGCUGGCCCGCGUGCUGCAGACGGCCGCCUGCGCGCCCGAGGACGCGCCGCAGCGCACCGUGCAGGCGCUGCUCAACCACGGCUCCCCCACCGUGUGGCCCGACGCCUUCGCCAAGGUGCUGAAGACCUGUGCCCCGUCCCCGGCGGUCGUUGAGGUUCUCUUCAACUCCUACCCUCAGCUCCGCGUGUCAGAGUCCUGGAGGGAGGUGAUUCCGGAAGAAGUAUUUCAGAUGCACAAGCCUUUCUACCAGUCCCUGCUCGCCUUGGCCCACACCCCACGCUGCCUGCAGCAUCUCUGCCGCUGCGCCCUUCGCAAACUGUUUGGCAAAAAGUGCUUUGACCUCAUACCCCUGUUACCCUUGCCGAAGUCCCUGCAGAAUUAUCUACUUUUGGAGCCAGAAGGUGUCUUGCACUGA